UCCCACCCCCCGGAGUCCCCGCCCCCCUCCCCCGAUUUGCAUCCCGCAGGCCCCGCCCCCCAAGAUGGCCGACCCCAUCAUGGACCUCUUUGACGACCCCAACCUGUUCGGCCUCGACCCCCUCCCCCCCGAGGAGCUCGUGGCCCCGCCCCCGGCCCCGCCCCCUCCCUCCUCGGCGGCCCCGCCCCCUGCCGACCCAUUGGCCGAGGCCUUGGGGCUCUCGGGGGCGCUGGACCCGCCCCCAAAUCUGCCCCAAAACCCCCCGGAUUUGCCCCAAAAUCUGCCCCAAAACCCCGCCCAGCCCGAGCCGGAAGUGCUGAGUCAGGGCAAUCCCUUCAUGGGCGUGUCCGCCCCGCCCCCCGCGGCCCCGCCCACCCAGGCCCCGCCCAAAAUCGUCAUCCUCAAAGCCCCGCCCCCCGCCGGGGCAGGGGGAGGCCCCGCCCCCGCGGCCACGCCCAAUGGCGGGAAAGUCACCUUGGCCAAGGUGUUGGCCCCGCCCACCGUGCGGGCGGGGGGCGUGGCUGCGGCAGGAGGGGGCGUGGCUUCGUCAGCAGCAGGAGGCGUGGCCUCGGCGGCAGGGGGCGGGGCCAGGCAGGUGAAGCAGCUGCUGCUGCAGCCCCUGAAGGCGGCGACGUCAGCGGGGGGCGGAGUCACGGCUGGGGCCACGCCCCUGAAACACCUGGGGAGCCUGGGGCCCGCACAGGGCGAGUCCAAGCGCAUCACCCUGGUGCUCCAGCAGACCCCCGGUGCCACGCCCGGCCAGCGCCACGUCGUCCUGGGCACCCUGCCCGGCAAGCUCCUCCUCCAGGGCGGGGCCGCGGCCACGCCCGGCGCCACGCCCAAGGCCGCGCCCGGCGCCGGCCCGGCCAAGGUGGUGACCAUCCAGCUGCAGGUGCAGCCUCCGGCCGCGGCCGGACAGCCCGGCGCCGGACAGAAGCUGCAGCUGCUGCAGCCGGGGGCGGGGCCGGUGGGCGUGGCCCAGGUGCCGCAGGUGGUGGGCGGGGCCGGGCAGAGGCUGACGGUGCCGCUCAAGGUGGUGCUGCAGCCGCAGGCCGGCUCCUCCUCCAGCCCCACCUCCGCCGGCCUCUCGGUGGUCAAGGUGCUGAGCGGCUCCGAGAUGACCACACUGACCGCUACCCCCACGCCGUCCCCCCGCGUGGCCGGAGGCGGCGCCUCGGACGAGAGCCGUCGGCUGGAGCACCAGAAGAAGCAGGAGAAGGCGAACCGGAUCGUGGCCGAGGCCAUCGCGCGCGCCCGCGCCCGCGGCGAGCAGAACAUCCCGCGCGUGCUCAACGAGGACGAGCUGCCCAGCGUCCGGCCGGACGACGAGAGUGACCGCAAGCGCCGGCGCAAGGAGCGGCCGGCCGCCAAGGAGGAGCGGCCGCGGAGGGGCAAGGGGCAGGGCCGCAGCAAGGCCAGGGCCAAGGCCAGCACCAUCACGCCGGUGGUCAGCAAGAAGCGCAAGCGCAACGCCAGCUCGGACAAUUCGGACUCGGAGGCGCUGCCGGCGCCGUCCCCGCGCCAGGACGACGACGGCGGGGGCGGCGGAGGGGGCGGAGUCCAGAAGCGCCGCUCGAACCGGCAGGUGAAGAGGAAGAAGUACACCGAGGACCUGGACAUCAAGCUGACGGACGACGAGGAGCUGGACGAGGAGCUGGACGUGACCGGGCCGGCGGCGCCGCGGCCGGAGAGCGCUGACCCCGAGCGGCCGCCGGCGCUGACCCCGCUGACCGCGGACGGGGAGGGCGCGGACGCGGCGCUGCCCUCCAUGCAGUUCUUCGUGGAGAACCCGAGCGAGGAGGACGCGGCCAUCGUGGACAAGGUGCUGUCCAUGCGCGUGGUCAAGAAGGAGCUGCCCUCGGGUCAGUCGGUGGAGGCCGAGGAGUUCUUCGUCAAGUACAAGAACUACUCGUACCUGCACUGUGAGUGGGCGACGAUCGCGCAGCUGGAGAAGGACAAACGGAUCCACCAGAAACUGAAACGCUUCAAGACCAAAAUGAACCAAAUGCGGCAUUUCUUCCACGAGGACGAGGAGCCGUUCAACCCCGACUACGUGGAGGUCGAUCGGAUCCUGGACGAGUCCCACAGCGUGGACAAGGACAACGGCGAGCCCGUGGUGUAUUACCUGGUGAAAUGGUGCUCGUUGCCGUACGAGGACAGCACCUGGGAGCUGCAGGAGGACGUGGACGAGGCCAAGGUGGCCGAGUUCAAGCGGAUCCAGGCGCGGCACCCCGAGCUCAAGAGACAGCCCCGCCCCCAGGCCGGCGCCUGGAAGAAGCUCGAGGCCUCGCACGAGUACAAGAACCACAACCAACUGCGGGAGUACCAGCUGGAGGGCGUCAACUGGCUGCUCUUCAACUGGUACAACAGGCAGAACUGCAUCCUGGCGGACGAGAUGGGGCUGGGCAAGACGAUCCAGUCGAUCGCGUUCCUGCAGGAGGUGCACGGCGCAGGUGUGCGCGGGCCCUACCUGGUGAUCGCGCCGCUCUCCACCAUCGCCAACUGGGAGCGCGAGUUCGGCACCUGGACGCACCUGAACACCAUCGUGUACCACGGCAGCCUGGCCAGCCGGCAGAUGAUCCAGCAGUACGAGAUGUACUGCAAGGACGCCAAGGGCCGUCUGAUCCCAGGUGCGUACAAGUUCGACGCGCUCAUCACCACGUUCGAGAUGAUUCUCUCCGACUGCCCCGAGCUGCGCGAGGUCCAGUGGCGCUGCGUGGUCAUCGACGAGGCGCACCGGCUCAAGAACCGGCACUGCAAGCUGCUGGACAGCCUGAAGCACAUGGACCUGGAGCACAAGGUGCUGCUCACGGGCACACCUUUGCAGAACACGGUCGAGGAGCUCUUCAGCCUCCUGCACUUCCUGGAGCCGUCGCAGUUCCCGUCCGAGGCCGAGUUCCUCAAGGACUUCGGGGACCUCAAAACCGAGGAGCAGGUGCAGAAGCUGCAGGCGCUGCUGAAGCCCAUGAUGCUGCGGCGCCUCAAGGAGGACGUGGAGAAGAACCUGGCGCCCAAGCAGGAGACCAUCAUCGAGGUGGAGCUGACCAACGCGCAGAAGCGCCUGUACCGCGCCAUCCUGGAGAGGAACUUCGCCUACCUGGCCAGGGGGGCGGGGCACGGCAACGUGCCCAACCUGCUCAACACCAUGAUGGAGCUGCGCAAGUGCUGCAACCACCCCUACCUCAUCAACGGUGCGGAGGAGCAGAUCGUGGCCGAGCUGAGGUCCUCCCUGCCCGCGCUGCCCGGCCCCGAGCUGGCCCUGCAGGCCCUGGUGCGCUCGGCCGGCAAGCUGGUGCUGCUGGACAAGCUGCUGCCGCGGCUGCGCGCCGGCGGCCACAAGGUGCUGGUCUUCUCGCAGAUGGUGCGCUGCCUGGACAUCCUGGAGGACUACCUCAUCCAGAAACGGUACCCGUACGAGCGCAUCGACGGGCGCGUGCGGGGCAACCUGCGCCAGGCCGCCAUCGACCGCUUCAGCCGGCCGGACUCGGACCGGUUCGUGUUCCUGCUGUGCACGCGGGCGGGCGGGCUGGGCAUCAACCUGACGGCGGCCGACACCUGCAUCAUCUUCGACUCGGACUGGAACCCCCAGAACGACCUCCAGGCGCAGGCGCGGUGCCACCGCAUCGGGCAGAGCAAGGCGGUCAAGGUUUACCGGCUGAUCACCAGGAACUCGUACGAGCGCGAGAUGUUCGACAAGGCCAGCCUGAAGCUGGGCCUGGACAAGGCCGUGCUGCAGUCCAUGAGCGGCCGCGACGGCUCCAUCGCUGGGAUCCAGCAGUUCUCCAAGAAGGAGAUCGAGGACCUGCUGCGCAAGGGCGCCUACGCCGCCAUCAUGGACGAGGACGACGAGGGCGCCAAGUUCUGCGAGGAGGACAUCGAGCAGAUCCUGCUGCGGCGCAGCACCACCAUCACCAUCGAGAGCGAGGGCAAGGGCUCCACCUUCGCCAAGGCCAGCUUCGUGGCGUCCGAGAACCGCACGGACAUCGCGCUGGACGACCCCAACUUCUGGCAGAAAUGGGCCAAGAAAGCCGACCUGGACCUGGAGCUGCUCAACAGCAAGAACACGCUGGUCAUCGACACGCCGCGUGUCCGGAAGCAGACUCGCCACUUCAGCACGCUGCGGGACGAUGACCUGGUGGAGUUCUCGGACCUGGACAGCGACGAUGACCUCGAGCGGCCGGACAGGGCCGGGGCCGCGCCCCGGACGCGGCGUGGCGGCCACCACCACGGUCACCACCAUGGUCAUAGCGGUCAGCACGGUCAGCACGCGGCUCCGGCCGCUCCGGCCAGCCCAGCAACGCCGUUCGGGAGGAGCGACUGCGUGCGGGUGGAGAAGCACCUGAUGGUCUACGGGUGGGGCCGCUGGCGCGAGCUGGCCGCCCAGGGCCGCUUCAAGCGCCGGCUCUCGGAGCGGGACGUGGAGAGCCUGGGCCGGGCCAUCGUCCUGUUCUGCCUGCGGCACUUCCGCGGCGACGACGGCACCCGGGCGUUCGUGUGUGCGUUAUUGAGCCCUGGACACAAUAAUGGACGGGCCAGGACCAUGGCCGGACAGCACGGGUCGCUGCCGCGGGGCCGGAAGGGCCGGAAGGCGCCGAAGGUUCCGGAAGGUUCCGCGGGGGCCGAGUGGCUGCUGCAGGACGAGGGCUACCGGAAACACCUGCGGCACCACUGCGGCAAGCUGCUGCUCCGUGUGCGCGCCCUGCACUUCCUGCGGCACGAGGUGAUCGGGGACCAGGCCGAGCGCGUCCUGGCCGGGGCCAGCGCCAGCGACAUCCACAUCUGGUUCCCGCAGCUGGAGCAGCCGGAGCCGCCCUCGGCCUGGUGGGACCCCGAGGCCGACAAAUCCCUCCUGCUGGGGGUCUUCAAGCACGGUUACGAGCGGUACCACACCAUGCGGGCAGACCCCGCCCUGUGUUUCCUGGCCCGGGCCGGGGGUCCCGACGCCGCCGCCGUCGCGGCCGAGCAGCGCCUGGAGGGGCCCGAGGGGGCCGAGUUGGACAAAGACCCCGAGGACCCCGAGUACAAACCCCUGCCGGGAGGGGAGGAGAGCGACCCCCUGGCCGGGCUGGACGAGGAGAUCUCGGUGGUGGACGGCGACGAAGGCUCAGCAUCUUCAUCCUCCUCCUCCUCCUCCUCCUCCUCGUGGCCCUCAGCCCCCGCUCUGACCGCGCGGUUCCGCCGCCUGCUGGGGGCGCUGCAGGGCCGGGAGCCGCCCCCGGACCCCCAGACCCAAAACAGCAACAGCGAGAGGGGCAACAACAGCGAGAGGGGCAAUAACGGGGGCAACAACGGCCCCGGGGGCAACAACGGCCCCGAGAGGGGCAACAACACCGAGAGGAGGCGGCAGCGGCGCGGCCACGACCCCGCGCGCAGGGACAAACUGCAGCGCUGGACCAGACGGGAGCAGGCCGAUUUCCUGCGCGUGGCCUCCACGUUCGGGGUGGAGCUGGAGGCGGGCUCGGGGCGGUUCCGCUGGGCGCGGUUCCGGGCGCUGGCCGGGCUCGGGCGCCGCUCGGACGAGGAGCUGACGCGCUUCUACCACGGCUUCGUGGCCAUGUGCCGGCAGGUCUGCCGCCUGCCGCCCGCCCCCGGAGACGUGCCGCCCCCUCUGUCCCCACCGCCCCUGGCCGUGUCCCCGUCCCUGGCCCUGCGCUGCCUGCGGCGCCUGGCGCUGCUGCGCUGCCUGCGGGAGCGCGUGCUGCCCCACCCUGCGCUGGGGGCGCUGCUGGCGCGGCUGCCCCCGCCCGGGCCGGGCUCGCUGCUGCCGCCCUGGUGGCGGCCGGGGGUCCACGACGCGGCGCUGCUGCGGGCGGCGGCUCAGCACGGCCUGCGGGGGGCGCUGCUGCGCGGGGGCAUCGCCGCCGGACGGGACAUCAUGGACAAACGGGACAAGGGCGGCGGGACGCGACGGACAGAGAGGAGGAACCAAGAUGGAGGGGACAGCGAGGAGGAGGAGGAGGAGGAGGAGGAAGGCCCGGAGCCGCUGGGGGCCGAGGAUGAGGAGGAGGAGGAUGAGGAGGAGGAGGAGGAGGGGGAGGGGGAGGACGAGGAUUCCCCUCCCCCCUCGGGCGAGGGCGGGGCCCCCAGCGCGCCCCUCCCCCAGGCCACGCCCACCGCGGGGGCGGGGCCCCAGAACCUCCUCUAUUGGCCCAAGGAGCGGGCGCUGAUUCGCCGCCUGGACCUGAUCUGCCGGGCCGUGCUGGCGGCGGGGGAGGGGCCGCCCCCCCCCCAGGACCUGGGGGGGCUCCCGGAGCCGGCCCCGCCCCCGGCCCCGCCCGGCCCCGCCCCCCCGGCCAUGGCCCCGCCCCGCGGCCGCCACCCCGACAAGGAGUUCACCGUGCAGAUCAAGGACGAGGAAGGGCUCAAAUUGACCUUCCAGAAACAUCGGCUGGGGCCCAACGGGGCCCAACGGGCGCCCAACCCUCCCAAGAAAAACAGCAAGAAACUGGUGGAGCUGGAGCUGCGCUGCCUCGAGGGGCUCCGGGACCCCCCGGGAGACCCCGAGGGCGCCAUGGGGGCCCCUCCCCCCCACCGCGGAGACAACCCCGAAUUCGGGGACCCCCGGCUGCACCCGUUCGUGGAGCAGCGACGGGAAAAGUGGCACCGGAAAAAGUUCAUCCCCUCCCCCCCCUCAGGUUUGGACCUUUCCAAGAUGGUGGCGUUGAUGGGGGGCGGAGCCAGCGGCACAGGGGGCGUGGCCUCUCCCUCCUUAGCCCCGCCCCCGCGCUUCCGGCCGGAAGCAGAAGAGGAAGCGGAAGCAGGAAGUGGGUGCUGCCCCCUGCUGGCCGACCCCAUGCUGCCGCCCACUUCCGACUCGGAUUAAGCCCCGCCCCUUUCUCCUGCCGGGGCCACGCCCCCCUCCCCAUAUUUAUAUAAAUAUGUAAAAUGUCUCUGUGUCAUAGGGGGGCGGGGCGGGGGGCGGGGCUGAGCGGGGCGGGGCCGAGCGGGGCGGGGUCAGUGCGGGCAGGGCUGGCGGGAAGGGAGGGGCCUGGUGGGGUUUUUUUUUUAAUAAAAGGUUUGGAAAUGGA